AUGGAAAGAAACUGCCAUAGACUCGACUACGGCCACGGUGGUGGUGGAGCAAUCUUUUACUCAUCUAAGUCGAAGAGAAAACCAAAUGGAUGCAUGGCUGCUUUUUACCACUUAUUUGAUCAUCACCUCACCAUUGAUUCUUCUUCAAGGUCAAAUAAAGGCUUGAAGUUAAUAGAAGAGUCUAUACCAUCAACAACCUAUAAGGACAAACCAAGUUUGAAUAUUCCUGUAAGCAUGAGAGUGAGGACAGAGAUAGGGACAAAGAGUUCAAGACUCAGAGCUCUUGCGACUGAUAGUUCCACUUCUUCAUCUGAGAUAUGUAACUCACCAGGAAGCAAAACACCAAACUUGGUGGCUAGACUAAUGGGUCUUGAUCUCCUUCCUGAUAAAACUGAUCUUGACCAUUCACUGUCAAAUCUUCAUACAAUGCCGAGCCAUCAUGGAUCAAGUCGUCUCACAAACCAUUACCAUAGACUUUCCAAUAAAGGCACAAGAUCUUUACCGGUGAGCCCUAGAAUCUCCUCUGCUCGGAAAUCGGAUUUCGACAUUCAUCGUCUCUCUCUUCAGCUGAACAAAGAGAAUAAGCAUGAAGAUCCUAGGUGUUCAAGGCUGAAACAAGAUCAAGAAGAGAACCGGAGUCCUAGAGAUUACGCGAGGCAUAUAGUAAAACAAAUCAAAGAGAGAGUCGCCACUAGAAGAGUCGUUGGUAUGGAUAUAACAAACUCGGUGAAGAACAGAGAGGCAAGCGCAAGACCAUCGUUACAUGAGCUUAGAAGAGACACAACAGUUUCUUGCUCACCAAGAACUAGGUUUUCAGAUAAAGAGAACAAACCAAGCAGCACCAAUCGUAAACCUAAUUCCUCACCUUCUUUCAGAACAGAACAGAUCAUUCAGAAGCCAAAGCCAAAGCCAACAACAGUGAUUCUUGUUUCCGUGUCAAAAUCCUCUGGAGAGAAACAGAGCCAGAACAGAGCAAAACAAAAGCAACUAAAACCAAUCAACCGAUGCAAGAAGGCAGAGAAUGAAACAAGAUUCACUCAACGUCUCAUAAAGCAUACUUCUCCGACAUCCCAUAUUCGAAUCAAACAGCGAGAAACUGUCUUGUCAGAAUCAAAAGACGUUAAAGCCAAGCCUUUACACAAGAAGAAGUUCAAAAAGCUACCAAAGUCAAAUGUUCUUGAAAACAUCUCUGACACAAGACCACCUCAGAAACAGAUUAACGAAAGAGAUAGACCGAUAUCGAAUGAAGACUCAUCACUCUGCUCUAGUUUGAUACAAAGCAUCGAGAAGAAUAGUCCACAAGUAGCAAGGAACCACAAAUUGAACGAUGUAGCCACUGAAAUCGAUUCAGAGAAAGACUACAUCACAAGAAUAGUGAAUCUUGCGGGAAUCAAGACUGACUCAGCAACAACAACCCUUGAUCCUUCGAUUUUUCGCAAACUAGAGCAAUGCGGAGAUUAUCCAUCAGGAUCAUUGGCUCUCCAAUGCAAUAGGAAGCUCUUGUUCGAUCUAGUGAACGAGAUUCUAACUAAAAACGUUGAAGCUUACGCGAAAAGACAGGGAAACAAUCAUGGUUCGGAGCUAAUCAGCGAGCUAUGUUCCGCUGUAGCGACAUAUAGUAGUAAGUCUUGUCAAGUUGCUUUAAUGGACGUUGACCAUCUUCUAGAGACAAAGAAGGUUGACGAAGAGAUCGUUGCAGAGAUUGAGCGGGAGAUCAUAGACGCGCUCGUUGCAGAGAUUGAGAGCCUUAACUUGAGUCAUUAGUUUAUGGGCCUAAUUUGCGACUAAUUAAGUAUUAGAAUAGUUUUUUUAUUGGGUCAAUCUGUAAUUCCCAACAGGCCAUAGGUGUUUAUAUUUAAUUUCAUAUAAAAAUAUGAAUGAAUGCAUUUUCGUAACCAAUAACAAAAGUUCUCAAGGCCAUA